AUGUCUUAUGGCGGCGGGUACGGUCAACCUGAAUACCAGCAGCAGCCCGGUGGUUAUCAACAACCAUACCAACAGCAGGGCUACCAACAGCAGGGCUACCAACAGCAAGGCUACCCGCAGCAAGGUUAUCAACAGCAAGGCUAUAACCAAGGCUACCAACCGGGCCCCUCAAAUCCCCAUGGCCCGCCUUCUUUCGUCGGAAACCCAUCGGAUCCCAACGUCGGCCUUCCUCCAGGCUGGAUCGCACGAUGGGAUCAAACGAAUCAGCAUUGGUAUUACGUUGAUACGAGCACUGGAAGAUCGGUGUGGGAAAGACCAGUGAUGCAGCAACAGUAUGGCCCUCUGCAUCCACAGCCUCAGCAACACUCUUCAGUGCCUCCACAGGCCGGCUAUUAUGCUGCUGGUGGGGCAGUAGCCGGUGCAGCAAUUAGUGCGGCGGCGAUGCAUGCGCAUAGUAGUAGCAGUGGAGGACCGGGAGGGUAUGAUUAUGGAAAGGGUCAUGGUGAUUCGUCUGAGAAGAAGGACAAGAAGGAUAAAGAUAAAAAGGAUAAAGAUAAAAAGGAUAAAGAUAAAGAUAAAGAUAAAAAGGACAAGGACAAAAAACAUAAGGACAAGGGCUCAAACUGGGGUACAUACGCCGCUGUUGGAGCCGGUGCUCUCGGAGUUGGUCUCCUCGGUGGAGCUGUCUUAGGCCACGAAGGCGAUAAAAUCGAAAAUUGGGCUGGUGAUAAAGUAGAUGGAUUCAAGGAGGGCAUCGAAAAUGCACCGGAAAAUGCAGCAGGCUGGGUUGGAGAGAAGGUCGGCUCCGUCGAAGGAAAAUAUGAUGACUUUAAAGAUGGUAUCGAUGAUUUCAAGGAUGAUAUUGAGAACAUACCAGAAAAUGUUGCAGGUUGGACUGGUGAACAAGUUGGAAAGGUCGAAGCUUUUGGAGACGACGUGAAACAGUAUGGACAAGACUUAGACGAUGCUUAUGAUCAAGGAAGAGAUGAAGGUAGGUAUGGGUCUGAUAACCAAUCCUCAAGUUCGAGUUCUUCGAGUAGCAGUGAUGAUGGCGGAGAUGACGAUGGUGCAGCUUAUGACUAUGAUGAUGGUGACGACGGCGGGGAUUAUGAAGAUUAA